AUGUCAUCUCGUAAAAAAGUACUCUUGAAAGUUAUUAUUCUUGGUGACAGUGGUGUUGGUAAAACAUCACUUAUGAACCAGUUUGUAAAUCGAAAAUUUACAAAUCAAUAUAAAGCAACAAUUGGAGCCGAUUUUUUAACGAAAGAAGUACAAAUUGAUGAUCGAUUGGUUACAAUGCAAAUAUGGGAUACUGCUGGACAAGAACGUUUUCAGUCUCUUGGAGUUGCUUUCUAUCGUGGUGCCGAUUGUUGUGUUUUGGUGUACGAUGUAACAGUUGCAAAUAGUUUCAAAGCAUUAGAGAGUUGGCGAGACGAAUUUCUUAUUCAAGCCGGACCAAGGGAUCCAGAAAAUUUUCCAUUCGUUGUUAUUGGUAAUAAAAUUGAUCUCGAAAAUCGAUUGGUACAAAUGCGUAAGGCACAAAAUUGGUGCACCGACAAAAACAAUAUUCCGUAUUAUGAAACUAGCGCCAAAGAAGGUGUGAAUGUUGAAAAAGCAUUUGAAACCGUUGCACGUAAUGCAUUAGCAAGAGAGAAAGAAAUUGACACACCCGAUUUUCCAAUGCCAAUACGUAUUCCAACCGAAGAUAAACCAAAAGACUCAUCUGGUUGUCCAUGUUAA